GUCGUGUCGUUUGCGACGAUGUGCAUGCAGUAACUCAAUACAAAGCGGGGUCAAGGGUCAUAUUGAGUUCUAGCGUCACCUGAUUUGCACAUGAUGGAACAACUAAAGUAGCGAACGCCCAUAUGCCAUCACCAUGCCUAUCUACCGCCCGUUUGUAGUCACUACUUUGUCCAUUAUGUGUGGCUUCACGAUGAUACGAGAUGUUGUAUCCCUGACAGAUUCAGUUUCCCUGGAGCAAUUCCAAACUAUUCAGACCUCGUCUGCAAGGAGGUCACAUAGUUACCUUGUAAAUCAGCAUCUGUACCUGGCUGUUGUCAACUACAAUACACAGUGCGACAUCUAUCGACUGAAAGGAACCCAGUUUUCUUUGGUACAACACAUCAAAGUGAACAAUGCCAAUGCUGCAAGAUUCUUCGAUGUGGACGGAGAAUAUUUCUUAGCGAUAGCCAAACUCACAGUAAAUGAAACACAAUACAACACAGUAUCCCCUGUGCUGAAGUUCAACAACAAAUCACAGCAAUUUGAGACAUUUCAAAAAUUCCCUUCGAAAGGUGCAUUCGACUGGGAAUAUUUUCACGUGUGUGCAAAUGAAGGAAGAUGCAACAUUUUCUAGUCUUGGUGAAUUCAUACGAUGGUAUAAAGUAUGCACUGAAUAGCAGUAUUUACAUCUGGAACACAACCAAGAAACAGUUCAGCCAUUUUCAGGACAUUCCCACAAAGGGGGCACACCAUGCAUCAGCUUUUGCAUGGAGAAACAAAACUUACGUCGCUUUUGCAAAUUAUGUCAGUAGCUCUGUGAUUUAUCAACUGAAUUCAAAUUCCACUGCGUUCAUUUUACUCCAAACCCUACCAAAUACAGUUUACGGUUCCUGGGCAAUCGUUCCAAUAAAUUUAAAUAGCGCCCUCUAUCUCAUCAAUGUUAUAUACCAAGCAGAUGAAAAAUAUGAAACUAAUUCGCUGAUGUUCAAGUGGACGAAUGGAUCCUUUGAAAAGACAUUAAACAUCCCCACGCAAGGGACAACCAUGAUAUGUCCUUUUCAUGCCAAAAAUGAUACCUACUUGGCCCUGUCGAAUUAUUUUGACGGUAGCACGUACAAUGUGAAAUCCAGUGUAGACCAAGUAGAGAGUAGUGCUGUGACGAGUCUGUUAAAUGUACCAACACACGGUUCAUAUCAUUGUCACAUAUUCUAUAACAGUAAUAUCACAAUGAUUAUGUUUUCCAACAGUUAUAAUGACAAGACCACUGAGCUGGACUCUGUCAUUUAUAAUGUUGUCUUUAACUAACAAGUCUAAACAACCGAUCCAAAUCCAUAACAUCAUGUACACUAUAAGUUUUUUUACAUUGUUUGGUUCAUCGUAGAUGACUGUGAGUUGUCUGUUAUUGUUGUAGUUGCACACUGUUCAUAACAUGGCAUUUCAUGUUAUAUCAUCUUUGACUAUUAUAUUAUACAAAAAACAAUUCAUAGUCAGGUCUGAGGGCUGAAUUCACUUUGUAUCAUAUACUAAAUAUCAACAUUAGACUGUAAUUUUAAAGUAAAUAUUUUUGAUAAAUUUAAUGGAUUGUCAUAUGGCAUAUUUAUAAUAAUUUUUAGUUUAACAAACUGUUUGCCAGCCCAAGUCUUUCUACUUACUUAAAGAUAACGUUUUUUUUUUAAAUGUGCACAUUAUUUAAUAGAACAUUCCCUAUCUGUGAUCUGUCAUUAAUUGACUGUGCUUCAUUAUCUGCUUUUUAAAUAAACCUAAGGUGACAUUUCAUGUCUAUAUGGACAAGAAUAUAAUAAGUAUACCAUAUUUGUUUUGUUAGUUGUGCACAUAUUUACAAUAACAGAGGUGUGUCUAUUAUCAAAAUUCAACAUAUACUGUAGAAUACUUUAUUUUCGCUCGAAAUUUAUUUUCGCUAUUUUUGCUGAAGGGAUGAUUCCGUGAAAAUAAAAUCCAGCGAAUAUACUUUUUUCCCUAUAUUUCACAUUAAACUCAUCAAAAAUCAGUGAAAAUAA